GAUUCCACUCUUUUGUUAGAUGAAUUCAUUUCUGUGUCCUAUAAAGAUAAACGUCCGCCGCAUAUUCCAUCACCUCGUCCUCCACGCCUACCAAGAUCAAAACGAGCCUAUGUAAAAUUUAAUGAUCCACCUGAUGUAACAAACGGUACAAUGGUUUUUUGGGAAACACCUUCAAAUAAAACCAUAAUAGUUGGUCAAUUUAGUAGUGGAUUUAGUGAAGGAGAUGAAAAGAAGUAUACAUUUAAAGUUUAUAAUGAAACUUCAGAACUUAUAGAUUUAAAACCUAAAGAUGAAACUUUUGAUAAAUUAUUUAAAAUUCGUUCUGAUGGUGCUACUGAUGCUUUCCUAUUUGUUUUGGAUACUCCUUUGGUAACUGGUAAUCAUAGUGUGGUUGGAAAUUAUUUGGUGAUUGGACGACCUGGUUCUUUACUUG